GAUUUUAUGGCAGUGCAUCAAAGACUUUCAGGAUAAGGAUAGAACUGUGGUUCUCACAUCGCACAGCAUGGACGAGUGUGAGGAGCUCUGUAAUCGACUGGCCAUCAUGGCUGAUGGCAAAUUUAAAUGCCUAAAUAAUAUUUGCGCCUUAAAACGCUUAAGCGGCUUUACCAUUAAAUUAAAAAUGAAUAUUGAUACGGAAACAGAGAACAACGUGAUGACUAUUACCAACACGUUAAAGGAUCUAUUUAAGGACUUGGAUUUGCGCGAGAGCCACGCUGGAACAUUAACUUAUUUUGUAAAAACUGAAGAGCACAUAAUUUGGUCAAAUGUGUUUAAGAUAACGAAGGAUUAUCUAGAGGGUGAACUAGAGAUCUUGUCGAGUAUUACUCAGUGAAUGAGUGCACACUGGAAGACAUAUUCUUGAAAUUCGACAAGCAAAAGUCAUCGCCACGGGCAGGUUCGAUUAACUACGUUUGAAUCUGCCCGUGAACCAUUGAUCAUGAAUCUACGGUCACGCAUCAAAUUCAUUGCUGUAGUAUAUAAGGCACCAAGCACCACAUUUCUUUAUAACUUUACAAGUAUUUCU